AUGUCCCGCCCGCUCACCCUACACGUAUCCGCUCUCAACGAUGCCGAGUAUACCCUCUACACCUCCUCCAUCCACGACAUCAUCGAAUAUGACGGACAACAUCCUCCGGACUACGAUAAGCUCUCGGUUGGCGUGCGCGAAGCACGAGCAUGGCUGCGAGGCCGCUAUCCCACACUGGCGUCCAACACGCUCGACUCGAUUUUUCGACUUUUACCGCCCGAGCCUGCAGAUGUAUUGAACGGAGGCCAGUUCUUCGCCGUCUUACGGCUCGUUUCCCAUGUGCUCGGAGGCAAGCAGGUGGAUCCGAGUCUCAUCUUCGUACAAGCACAUCCCGAUGAGCACAAGUCUCGUCCGUCCUCGCCCCACAGCAAGCAUAGCCGAGUUUCGUCGCCGGUGCAGAAUCCAUUCAGGCACAAUGGCUCCACCGGUCCUCAAUCUGCCCCCGCAGUCUCGUCUACGCCCGCUAAGCCUCAGCCUCCCUCUCUUCCUCCGAAGCCAACAAAUCCUUUCCUCAACCGACGGGCUUCUCAGGGUCUACCACCUCAGUCCGCGCCAGCCGGUGUUGGCGUAUUCCCUAGUACACGCUCAACAGUUUUACAAGAUGCGAAUAUACCCCCAUUACCACCUCGGAAGCCGCCUGUACUGCCGCCACCGCGACAUGCGUCCAUGAAUGCGCAUCACACACAGGCGACUAGCCGCGAACCACCGUUACCACCUACUACCAGUGUCUCGCAUGCCAACCGGCAUACGACGAACACUCUGAUCCAGCAAUCUCUCCAGGCGACCCGGAUCGCUCAAAGUCUCAAACAAGCGGAACACAGACUCGAACAAGAGCGCGUCAUGGAGGUUCUCCGGAGUAGUUCAGAUUCAGUGAACUCACUACGGCGCGUGCGCAGCACCAGUCCCACUAAGAAUGCGAGUUCGUCCGCGUCCUCGGCAGGAUCGGCCAGCAGCUCUGCCGAACGUACCGCAGUGCAGAAUCGCGUCCCUCAGCUACCGCCUCGCCGGAAUCUCAGUCCCCCGGCCUCCACCGUCAUCUCUGCUCGUUCCUUUGAGCGGGUGGCAACGGCUUCUCUGUCACCAUCCAAGCGUAAUCCCAUGCAUUCUUCCGCAAAUGGUCCGAAUACCGUCCCUCCGGAGCCUCCACAACGGCGGCUGGCAUCUCCAACGAUGUCGCCGUCCCAGACUCCGCCAAGACCUCUGUCAGAGCUGCCCCCGGAGCCGCCGCCGACGCACCCAGACCGCAAGCCUGCUGCUUUGAGCAUCGAUGCAGACCGCAUAUUACCAUCAAACACGUCGCCCCGUGUUGGGCGCUCUCGGUCAUUACACCAUCCCACUCCCCCUCCCGUACCCCCACCACCUCGCCGGAAACGCCCAGAAAGCGCCCAGCUGACUCCCACAUCGUCCUCGCCCUUCGAGUCUCCAUUUGCGGAUACGCCACGCUCCAGCACCUCAUCUCCAUCGAACCUGCACCUUUCCCGCCAUCUCUCCCUCUCCUCCACGAAACGCGACACCGACAGAGAGCGAAAUUGGGACACGUUCUCGGACUCCCCAAUCGGGAGCCUGCAAAAGACGUUCACGAACCUCUCGCUGCGCGGGAAGCCCGCGCUCGACGCCGCGCGGUACAAGGCCGAGGGGGCGUUCUCGAAGCGGGGGUUCGUGCAGCGUGGUCCCCGGGGUCCAGGCUGGAUGCGCGAGGACGGAGAGGCGAGGUUAAUGGACGACGUCGACGAUGGGGAGGCGACGAGCCCAGGACUAGAUGUGGACGAUGCGGACAGCAGUCUAGACCAGGACGGGGCCGGGGAUCGAGAGCGGGUCGAGGACCGUGCGCGGAGGUGGCAGAGGGGCGGGGUCGACGUUGCGCUCGUAGAUAGGGAAGAUGGAGCGAGGGGUGGCAGGAGGAUGGUGGUGGAGAGGGACGACCUGAAAUGGCCCGCAGGAGAGGGAUGGAAGCCGCUAUGAUACGCGCCUGCGGCGAGGAGGUGACGUUGGUUUGACCGGAAUUAAAGAAGGAUGGAGAUGGCGAAGCGAAGCUGCUCUGCGAGCUCCUGCGUUUAUUACAGUACGUCCCUUUGCACAGUACACAUACACAUCCGCAUGCCUUUUCACGUUCCCCUUCAUGUGUUAUAAUGUCCUGCCUACCAUUCUGGAGCACACAUUUUGAUAUACUCACCAAUAUCG